UGCUACUACUGGCAGCCAUGGUAACCGUGAGACGCUAAGCUAAGCUAAAACAUGGCGUGGUGCGUGGUACUACAUAAGCUAGGGUGCUAACGUAAAUAGCUUAUUAAUACGCCUUGAAAGACGACUGCAUUUCGAAGGCUGUUGGAUGGAUAUUACUUAACGACGGUUAAUAGCUGUGUUUGUUGUCUGUGAUAGUUUCACUCGCGUUAGUCCUCCGGGCUUAUCCACUCAGUUAGCAGCUAACGUUAUGUUAGCUUGAGCAUUAACAGGCUAGCCGGCUGACUUGAUACACAACACUGGCGGUUACGAACACUAUUUAUUGCGUUACCUAUGGCUUUCUAUGAAGUGUAUUCUCAUCCGGCUUUGAUUCGGUACAAAACGAGUGUUUGCACAAAAGCCACUCUGUUUCUGGUUGUUGUUCUCUGCCUCACCUACAUCCCACCUCUGCUGGUUGCUUACAGGAGCCAAGGUUUCUGGAUCAAAAGAAGCACUUAUGAGGAACAACCGGUUGUGAGGUUCCAGUACCAGACUCUGCUGGUGGCAGCAACCAGUACUCAGGGAGACUAUGUGGCCUGGAGCACCUUUCCCCAUCUUAACAACAUGCUUGGGGCCAACCUCCGGAUCCCUGCUGUUUCUGUGAGAGAAGAAGACCAGAACCAGGACGGGAAGUUGGAUCUUCUGAAUUUUCAACUGCAGCUACCUCUAAAACCUGAGGAACAGGUGUACAGUGUCCAACUGCUGCUCACCUUCAGCUACCAGCUCUUUCGGAUGUCCACAGUAGUGAUGCAGAGCCUGGCCUAUGUGCAGCACUCUUCUUCUGUCCCCGGAGCUAAGCUGUUCAUCAGCGGAGACCUGAGGCUGCAGCAGAAGACACCCCUGCCUCACCGAGGACUGUUCAACAUUUACAAUGUGUCAGUGAUCGAUGGCUCCAGCCCCUUUGCAAGUGCGUAUGACCUUGACAACAUAAUUGGAAGCUACCAGGAUAGAAACUUGACCACAGUACUGUCCUGUCCCAUGCCAGUCUGGACUGUGGGACGAGCUGCUGGUUCUCCCUUUCAGCUAAAUGCAAAAAUCCGGUACCCUUUGGAGGUCAUAAGCUAUCGUCCUGGCUUCUGGGAAACCAUCAAAUUUGCCUGGGUUCAAUACGUCAGUGUCCUCCUCGUCUUCCUCUGGAUCUUUGAACGCAUACAGAGAUUUGUUUUUCAGAACCAGGUUCUAACUACCGUACCCAUACCAGUGGGAAAACCUCAUCUUUCAUGAUGCAGUAGAAGUGCCUUGACCUCCAGGUUUCUACGCAGGCCCUGCUCUACACUAGUUACACUAGUUCUUGCUCUUGAAAAGGCAUUUCUUCUUUUACUGCUGUUUGAAGCAAUCGAAAUUUAUAGAAAAUAUAAAUACAUUUUCUAUAUUUUUUACUAUUUGUAUGUGUGACAGUUUGUGACUGUAAUUAAAGAAAUACUUUGUCAA